AUGAGCUUCAUUAAUGGAAGCUUAUCUGAGAAAACAGUCUUUGGGUGCAACAAUAACAAUGAUACGAGGGAGAAGAGAGAGGCUUGUGAUCACCGUCGUCAAUUUCUUGCUCGUUGCUCUACUACGGAUGAUUCUUCUGAGCUGAGUAUUUUUGAUGCCAAGAAAUAUUUCAAUGAAGUUUCAACCAACAAUACCAACAAGGUUUCUCCUGUGACAAACAUCGAGUCGAUGUCGGAGUCAGAGGAGUGUAACGGUCAUUCAGUAACGUCGUCUCAGGACCAGGAUUUUGACCAAGAUUCAGAGUUAUCAAAAUCUAAACCCUGGAUGUGUGGUGUUGUUACACAUCCAUCGUCUAUGAUGCUUUCUAAAUUCUCCCCCACUCUUGACUCCAUUGAUGGAUAUCAUCGUCGGAGCUAUCGAGCUAGAUCUUUUCGUUCUACAACACCGACGGCCUCGUCUGAGGCUAGUUGGAAUAGUCAGACAGGGUUGCUCUCAAACCCUCCAGGAGCUAUCUCAGUGUCAGUUUUGCGUGGAGAUACGAAUCAUCAUUCUGGGAGAAAAUCUCAUAAGCCAUCAUCGUCGUCAUCUACAACAACAAGAUGGAUUUUUAGAAGCUCUAAAUGCCCUUGUACGGGGAAGAAGUCGAUUCAAGUUCAGGAAUCUAAGGUGGUACUAGAGCCAAAAACAAGUCCUCCUUAUACCAACAAUAACACUACCGUUGGUAGCCGUUCUCAGUCGGAGUCUUCGUUGUCCGAGAAAACCUCAGGUGCAAACAAAAUACUUUUGCAACAAUCAGAUAACAGCGUCGUUUGGAGCACUCAAAGACGCUUUCCUCCAAAUUUGCUUCUUCAAGAACACACAACACAACGUGUAAUAGCCUCCACAGGUUUCACUUUCCCUAUCUUGAAAAAAAACGCCAACAACAAUGAAGAUAUUCCAACUAGAUCCAUAAGUCAUGUUUUAAUCGAAGAUCCACCUCGAGAUUCUUUAGAAGUUUUCAAACCAAGCACCACUAGAGAUUGUGGCAAUAAUGGUGGUGGUGGUAGUCUAAAAUCACGAAUUUUAGCUAGUGUGGCAGCAUCCGGUGGUACUGCCACUAUUGUCAACGAUGUUGAUGAUGUGGCGAGUGAUGCCAGCUCAGACUUAUUCGAAAUUGAAAGUUUCUCCGCUCAAACUGUCAACACAGCUACUGCCAUGUUCCACCGACGAGACUCGAUGGAACUAGAAGCAAGAAAACUAGGUUUGGCCCUUGCAGGCACACGUCGCAGCCUCGAUGAGCCAAUGACACCAUCAACUGACUGGUAUGAGCCAAGUGAGGCAAGCAUAGACUGGAGCAUUACCACAGCUGAAGGCUUUGAUCGAGCAAGCAUCGCAAACAUGUCAGAGACCGAAGAGCCCUGGAUAGAGAAAAACAAUAACAACACCAGCAAUAACAACAACAGAAGAAGAUCAUCAUCGGGAAAUGGGCUGUUAAGUUGUCGGUCAGAGAAGGCGGUCAGUGUGGGCCCACAGCCGUUGACUAAGCAUGUGGGGAGUAGGCCACCAUUGGCAAAAAAGCCACCACUAGCAAGGUCUAAUUCAGCUCACCUCUCUCUUACUUUUGCUGCCUGA